UCACGGUCAGGGGGUAGCCAGAAGGCAUCGAACCUCAACAACAUCAGCUAGUAACAGGUGGGAACAGCUAAUUCCGGCAGACGAAAUCUUAAGAUAUUCUCAACUUAUCUUUUGUGUUACGGAAGAGAAAGCAGACGAUAUUCUUUUGUUUAGCAGACUAUAUUUGUUUAACUAUGGGUGUUCAGAAAGUGAUUUAACGGCAAUUUCAUCAUUUAUUUACUAUAAAAAUAAUGGAUAACUGGAUUUUAAGGCCAACCUGGAUAACACUAAUUGUUUCUAUCCUGUAUAUAAAUGCUUUCACCCAAGAAGUACAAUCUCAAAACAGUAAUCGCAGAAAAUUGCCAACAGUUAUAAUAACUAGAGAACAUUUACGCCAAAGACCAGUUCAUUAUGGUAGUCCGGGUGAUACGGCUGCAGAGUUUAUUGUCAGUGCUGGAUUGGAUAAUAGCAAAACAGCAGUAAGAAUUCGAAAACUCGGCCAAACACCAACCGAUUCUACUCAGUUACAAAACCCUGAAUAUACCAAAACUGUUUCCACCAGUGCUAGGGAACCAAAUCGACAACAUCCCGCAAGCUAUCAUCCAGACUUAAGGUACCGAACACCAAAUUACAAUGCUGUUUCCCAAAAUCAACCAGUGAGAAAUCCUCAAAUCUUGCAGAGGCGUCAAGACGUAAGGGAUAACCGCCAACCAUAUAUUCCCGAUGUUUUGAACAUACCUUCUCAGCAGUAUGUUCCGCCAAUAUUUGUGCCAAAUUACCAACAACAUACAUUUAAUAACCCUAGUUUUCACAGGCCCAUUGUAGCCGUCAGAGUUAAGAGUGACGGUACUAGGGAAAAAAUAAACAUACCAGCUCAUAGUCAAGAUCGUCGGAAUUAUUUUAACCAACAAGGAAGUCAAAUUAGCAACGGUCAGAGUUUGAAUCAUAAAAUAUUUACAGUUGAAAGUCCUGUUUUAGUUCGAAAGGGUCCCGAGAAGCAAAAUCCCACUUCUACGACGACAAAUCCAGACUACGAAACUCCAAAUAUUGUUAAAAAUCAAGAAAAGGGUUUGUUGCCCAAAGAAAAUUCUGAAAAUGGCAAUGAUCAGCAGAUAAAUACAAAGUUCAGGCAAAACGAUCCUAAUAAGAAUGUUGUCGUUGAAACACCUCCACUUGAAUUAAGUGCAAAAUCUAAUGACAUUAAAAAUCAAUUGAUCAGAAGACCAUCCAUAGUUCUCACAGACCAGAUCACUGUAAAUGAAGUGAGACCGCAAACGAAUCGGCCUAGAUAUGGACCAAGAUCUCUUCAACAUGAUGAGGAUAAAGUGAAUGCCAGAAGGCGAAAAAGAGAUGCUUACGAUUCUGAAAGCCUUGGGCACAGCGCACACGAUGAUGCUGUUGAUCCUGAAGAUCUCGAAAAUUUUCAAGAUCAAAAUGUCGAUCAUUUCAAAAAUGCAGCGCCUACUGACGAGGAAAUAAUGGCUAAAAAUGUUCAAAGUUGGAAAGAAUUUGGAACCAGAACCAGAAGGAAAGGUAGAAAUAGAAAAUUGCGGAAUUCAAAAAGAUUGAGAUUUCAAGAACAAACUCCAGUGACACCAAUUUCAAAUGUCAGUCUUGAUUAUCAAACUUCAACACAAAGUUCAACAAUCAAAAACGUGAAAUCUGAUAGCUUGAAACAAUCUUUUCAUGAAAGCUUAGAUGGCGAUGUGAUGUCCUUCUCAGAUUUCAUAACUUCACCAAUAGCCGAAAAAAUACGAGUAGAAAGACAAUUCAUGUUCAGAAAUAUGAGUGAUAAUUUAGAAAAGGAGGCUCAAACUCGUAACCGUAACCAGUACAAUUAUGAGACAUUUUUGCAGAACUCAUCUUUGUUGAGGGACAUAAUCGCAACCAGGUUACUGCAUAGUCUCAUCAAUAUCGACAACUCUUCAAGUAACUCAUCAGACAUAAGCAUAUCAGAGGAGCAAUCCACAGCUCGAAGCUCUCCAGAAAGACUGGCAUCAGCCGAACAACGCCAAUUCGGCAUUGUUGUCAGUCCAUAUGAGAGUCAUGAGUCUUCUCACUCGAAAUCUUCCAUGCCAAUCAUACGGAUCUUAAGAGGUAAAGUUGUGCCAUUACCCGAAUUACCACGAGAGCUAAUACCACUUAUACUUGGGAGAUUUAAGCAUUCCUAUUCAUCUGAGCCCACAUUCGAUGAUCCGCAACUGACGGAAAAUAUGAUCGAUAAUGCUAUACUUUCACUUCUUCAGAACGAAGAAGUGGUAAACGCUCCAUCACGCUAUCAUGAAUAUAAGCGCCAUCCAAUAAACAUGCAGAGAGUGAAUAAGAAGUCACCAUCAACCAAUUAUGUCGGGUCUUUAAAAAACUCUGAACCAAUGACAAAGCCUAGUUAUUCCUUCAAACCUGCAGAAUGGGCAGUGGGACCAAGAUGUGAUAGGUUGACUGAAGAGAUAUGCUUAGAUGAUUCGGACUAUCCAAGUUCGGCAAUAAUGAGUAGUAUUUACAAAGACAAGGGAAAGUUUGAUCUGAUGUACGCCGAAGUCAAAGUACGAGAGAGCCAAGUGGAGGGAUUAUCUCGUCAACAAGAACAGGCUUACACUUUAGAACAUUACUAUGGACCGUAUGCCCAAGCUUCGUCCAGCAAUCAUGAGUAUGGGCAAAAUGGUGGGUUUGUGUGUCCAUCUGAAGUGCAUUAUGGGCGUCCUCAUCGUGCCAAGAACAGGCAGGGAGAAUGGAAGGUUGUUGUAAAUGUUGGAGAAUACACACAGACUCUGCGCAUGGAAAAAUGUCUAGCGUCCGGUAACCCUUGCAAGUACGUUGUGAGUCAUAUGCAGUCAACUUGCUCUCAGGUUUUCAGUUACCACCGUCUUCUGGUUUUCAACAAGGAACUGGGAUUGCAUAUAGAUCUAUUCAGAGUACCGUCUGCUUGUACCUGCCAUCUCAGAUCCAUUCAGGGUGGUUAUACAGCUAAGUACUCCGCUCCCAUUCCUUUCGUUCAAAGACCCAAUCCAUAUGAAGAAUUUGGCGGUCACGUGGAAAGUGCUCCACCACCACAAAUAUCAGCAGAUGGGCCUGCCAAUAAUGAAGAGAAAAAGAAAAAUUCCUUCAGCAGUACUUUGUGGUCAAUACUUGGAGGUGGUCAACAAGCAAGCACCCUUGCGCAACAGCCCCAAUUCUUAGACGAAGUUCAAAAGCAAAUUGGAUGGACCCAGCAGUUGAAACAGUAUCCCCAAUUCAUGAAACAAAUAUCACCAAACCAGGUUUUAAAACAACUUUUGGAAGAUGAUGAAGAAGAAGAGCAGGGUGUCAGACGGUACAGGAUUCGAAACAAAUCUUCGCCAGAUGUUAUGAGCUACGGAGACUUCGCUAGCCACCAUGUACCCGUUGCAGUUCCUUUACCUCCACCACCACCUCCUCCAAAAAUCAUUCCUCGGAGACCCGUGGUCAGCGCAUCGACCCCGCAGCAACAUUUGUUCGGCAUGCCAUCUGAUAUACGGAAGAAAGUAAUGACCGUUACCUCUCCUCCUGCUGAAAAAGCUGUGUUUAGCUUAACUCAACAGCCUCGAAAAAAUGUCAUUCGAAUUGCUCCCGGAGACCAAACCAACCACAAGAUGGUCGGAUCAUCUCCUUACGAAAUCACAGCUUACAAGAUAUUCCCUGGAAUGUAUUCUCCAACAAGUGGCGAGGAUUCUCAAGUGCCAGAAGAUAGUUUUGUACCGAUUGCGCCACAGUUUUCUGAGAACGCGAGUUCUGGCGAUGGACUGCGAGCUGUUCUGAAGCCAAUGCCUCGACCCGAGGGUUCUGAAAGAGUUGCAGUAGAGGAAGAAGAUUUGAUUGCGGUUGAGAAAUCUGAAGAUGGCGAUAUUCACACGUUUAAGUUGAAAACAGUUGAAGAUAAUGGCGACAGUGAGCCUUCUGUUGAAGUGGAUGGGUCCAAAAUAAAUUUCUCUUAUCAUCCUAUAUUGGAAUACUUAAAUUUCUCACAUUAGGGGUGUGUUUUUAAAUAUUUUUUCAGUAAAGCCUCUGUUCUUAACAAUGGUGCUUUAAAAAAGGCAGUUUUUACAGGGUGGCGACGAGCCGACUGAUAUCUUUCAAACGGCCUUUAAUUAUCGAAUUGAAACAGUAAGAACAGUAAGUAGUAUAAUCUAUAUACACCGAAGAACCAUUACAUUAUGACCACCAUGCUAAUUACAUGUAGGACCACCUUUUGCCCUCAAAACUGCUAGCACCUGCCGUGGCAUUGACUCCACAAGGUGCUGAAAGGUAGUCUGAGGUAUCUGGAACCAAGAGUUCACCAACUGGUCCUGCAAUUCCCUCACAUUGCGAGGGGGUAGCAUGGCAACACGAAUUAUUUGGUUUUCCAAGCAGGACCACAAAUGCUCAAUUGAAUUAAGGUCAGGUGAAUUUGGGGGCCAAGACGACUUGAAAGUCACUGGAAUGUUCCUCGAACUAAUCCAUGACGAUUCGACCCUUAUGACAGGGUGCAUUA